UGUAAGGCAGCCGCCGGAAGUGGCGUUAGUGUGUUGCGCCUCGACCUCAGUGUUGAGCCUCAGCCUCAGUGUGGAGUGGGCCCUGCCGAUAAGAUACAGCUAUGUCGAUCGAAAUCGAGUCUUCGGAUGUGAUCCGUCUUAUCAUGCAGUAUCUGAAGGAAAACAGUUUACAUCGGGCAUUAGCCACCUUACAAGAAGAGACAACCGUAUCUCUAAAUACUGUGGACAGCAUUGAGAGUUUUGUGGCUGACAUUAAUAGUGGCCAUUGGGAUACUGUUUUACAGGCUAUCCAAUCUCUGAAAUUGCCAGACAAAACCCUCAUUGACCUCUAUGAACAGGUUGUUCUGGAAUUGAUAGAACUCCGAGAAUUGGGGGCUGCUCGGUCCCUUCUGAGACAGACUGAUCCCAUGAUCAUGUUAAAACAGACACAGCCCGAGCGAUAUAUUCAUCUGGAGAAUCUCUUGGCCAGGUCUUAUUUUGAUCCUCGUGAGGCUUACCCAGAUGGAAGUAGCAAAGAGAAGAGAAGAGCUGCAAUUGCCCAGGCCUUAGCCGGAGAAGUCAGCGUGGUGCCUCCUUCUCGUCUCAUGGCAUUGCUGGGACAGGCUCUGAAGUGGCAACAGCACCAGGGAUUGCUUCCUCCUGGCAUGACCAUAGAUUUAUUCCGAGGCAAAGCAGCUGUGAAAGAUGUGGAAGAAGAAAAGUUUCCUACACAACUGAGCAGGCAUAUUAAGUUUGGUCAGAAAUCACAUGUGGAGUGUGCUCGAUUUUCUCCAGAUGGUCAGUAUCUGGUCACUGGAUCAGUUGAUGGAUUCAUUGAAGUAUGGAACUUCACAACUGGAAAAAUUAGGAAGGACCUUAAGUACCAGGCCCAGGAUAACUUUAUGAUGAUGGAUGAUGCUGUUCUCUGCAUGUGUUUCAGCAGAGACACAGAAAUGUUAGCAACUGGAGCCCAAGAUGGAAAAAUUAAGGUAUGGAAGAUUCAAAGUGGACAGUGCUUAAGGAGAUUUGAACGAGCACACAGCAAAGGUGUCACCUGUCUAAGUUUCUCUAAGGAUAGCAGUCAGAUCCUUAGUGCCUCUUUUGACCAGACAAUCAGAAUUCAUGGCUUAAAAUCUGGGAAAACCUUGAAGGAAUUUCGUGGGCAUUCCUCCUUUGUUAAUGAAGCAACAUUUACACAAGACGGACACUAUAUUAUCAGUGCAUCAUCUGAUGGCACUGUGAAGGUCUGGAAUAUGAAGACCACAGAAUGCUCAAAUACCUUUAAAUCCCUGGGUAGCACUGCAGGGACAGACAUCACUGUCAAUAGUGUGAUCCUGCUUCCUAAAAAUCCAGAACACUUUGUGGUGUGCAACAGAUCAAACACAGUGGUCAUCAUGAACAUGCAGGGACAGAUUGUCAGAAGCUUCAGCUCUGGUAAGAGAGAAGGCGGUGACUUUGUUUGCUGUGCCCUCUCUCCUCGUGGAGAAUGGAUCUACUGUGUGGGGGAGGACUUCGUGCUCUACUGUUUCAGUACAGUCACUGGCAAACUGGAGAGAACUUUGACUGUCCAUGAGAAGGAUGUGAUUGGAAUCGCGCAUCACCCUCAUCAGAACCUGAUUGCUACCUACAGUGAAGACGGACUCCUAAAGCUCUGGAAACCCUAACUUAACUCCUUUGAAACUGGCUUGAGAGCAUGUACUUUAUUGAAGACACAUUCAUGUUCUCUUUCUUUUCUUCCACCUCCGCCUUCCUUUAAGACAAACUUUUCUAAGUAUAAGAAUAAUUUUGUUAAGAUUCAUGGUUAAGAAGCAGCCCCCCCCCCUUUUUAAAUACAAAUUUUUAGUUGUUCAUGUUCCUAACUCGGACAGUCACUUGAUAUUUUCAGUACUCCACCUGGAAAUACUGUGUUUCUUUAAAAAAAAAAAAUUAUACUCCUGUGAUGAUUUGAAACGCUGAUUAAAAUGUGCCUCCUGUUGUUAAACUUGUAAAUAAGGAAUUAUCCUAUGUUUAGUAGCUGUUUUCUCUUCCUCUUUUUUCUUUUUUAUAUAGGUUAAAAAAACUUUACACUUUCCUGAAGGCUUUGUUUUCCAAUGUAAAUAAAUACUUUGUACUAA